AAUUGAUCUCUCUUUGAAUACAAUCAUCAGAGGUUCUAUAUAAAAUCAUUCUUGCGUUGAAAAUAAUUGUGUUGAGGAAGCCUGAGUACAAUUGCUUUAGAAAGACGACAUCUAAUACUCGGUCCAACGUUCUAAUUUAAAUUUGGUCACAUCGACAACAGAAACAAGAAAUAGUGGGAUACUUUCAGUUUACUUAGGCUAGUUCGUAUCGAAUUCUCGUGUUCUUCAACGAGUUUUUGUAAUGCGAAUUGAAGUUGAAUUUGAAUUUUUGCUCGAUUAUCGGAAAUUUAUGUGAUAUACCUACUAUCAUUGAGGUGGCUGAAAUUCAACGUACAGCAGAAAAAUGCCGAGAUCCAUUUCAGGGGAGUCGGUGACUUCAACUGUAUUUUAUUUACAAGAUGAAUAUGAUGCUUUGCCCGGUACUUGUAAAACAUGCUGUUUGAGAUGCGCGUUCCCAACAUUGAUGAACUUUAUACUUCUUGUCAGCGGGGUUGUUGUCUUUGGCAUCUUCUCCAUAUUGUCUGGAGUCGGGAUUCUCGACAUGGUUGAACCAGAUGAAUCUGAUAUAGUUGAAGUUGAGGUGCCACAAGACCUCUAUGACUCCUUGCAACUAUGGCACCGCAUCGUCAAAUGGGUCGUGGGAUCUGAAAUAGCUUUGAUGGUUAUCGUCGCCAUUGUAAUGUUGGCACUUGGUUACUUAGCAACUGGUUCAGUCAGAAAAGAGUUCAUGUGUAGAUUCAAGUCAAAAACAUCCGGGAGGUGUCAGUUAGCUGUGUUCAUGCUCAUCGUAUAUUUCCUAUGGUUUGUGUGGUUGUUGCAGUCAGUUUUCUUUACCGUUCCGGUCCUUCCUUCGGGGACCUUGGCGCCACCCGUUCCUUCUGCACUCAUCUACUCUUUUUCGAAUAGGGUCUGCGUGCUUUUACGUACACAAGGAUCACAUUGCACACGGGAACAACGGCUUAAACGUCUCAUGCGAAAGGUGGCACCGCAUCGUCAAAUGGGUCGUGGGAUCUGA